GUGCCAAAUCAAAAAAAAAAGUCUUUGCCCCAAACAUGAAGCUCACUGUAAGACCAAUCAGCAGGAAAGGUUCUUAACGGCAAGCGGGAGUUAUUACUCGGUUUCAGUUUGUGUGAAGGUUUUCACUGCACCAAUCCUUUUUGGUAAUACUUUAAAGUUAUUACCUCAAUUCCAUUUAAAGAUUUUAGAUUUUCAACUGCUGAGCAGAAGUUAAGUGUAAUUGGACACACCCUGACUACGCUGUAAAUGCUCUUUCCUUGAGGGAGAGAAAGAGCGAUGCAAGUCUUUCCAAAAAACAAAAACAAUUUAAAGGCACUGUAGACAAAGCACUUAAGCAAAGCAUUCAUUUUUCUUUUUGCCAUGUGAUUCGUUAUUACCUAUUACACUAUGUUAUGCAUAUAUUUGGAUAGUUUCAUUGGCAGGUUUAUGUGGCCGCUAUAUAAAUGUGCUGCCAUUUGUUUACUCAUUGUGCAAUAUGCGUUUCCUUUUGCAGGCUGCUUCCUGCUGGUUUGAGUUUUCGGUGCAGUUCUUUUCUUUUCACUUCUCUGUGGAGUACCUCCCUGAACACGCACCCAAGCUGAAAGAGUAAAGGACAACAAAGUGUCAGCUGCAUUCUCAGGACAUCUAAUUUCUCUCUACAGAGUUAUGGCUGAAGAAUCAAGCACGCUUUUUUAUGAUAAUUACUAUUCGGAUUACAAUAAUUAUUCCGCCAUUUUUAACCUAAGUGAUUUUUACCAGGAUACCAUCCACCCCAUGGAUAUUGUAUCAAUUGUACUCUACAGCCUGACAUGUAUCUUGGGUCUCCCUGGCAAUGCCUUUGUCAUAUGGAUAGCAGGGUUCAAGAUGAAGAGGACAGUCAACACUGUCUGGUUCUUGAAUUUAGCAAGUGCUGAUUUCCUCUGCUGUUUGUCCAUACCUUUUUCCAUUGUGGAAAUAGCUUUGGACUACCACUGGCCCUAUGGCAACUUAAUGUGCAAAGUAAUUCCCACGGUCAUCAUCCUCAACAUGUUCGCCAGUGUCUUCAUACUGACCCUGAUCAGCCUGGACCGGUUUGCUCUGGUCAUCAAGCCCAUUUGGUCUCAGAAUCACCGCCGUCUCUCUCUGGCCUAUCUGCUGAGCGGAACUACAUGGUUUGUGGCCCUUCUCCUCAGCAUUCCCACCAUGAUCUACAGAGAGUCUCAUUUCACUGACAUUACCAACAUCACCCGGUGUGCGUACAACAGUGACAUGACACAAUCCGUUGCCAAAAAGAUCUAUGUUAGUAGGUUUGUGUUUGGGUUUGUGAUUCCUCUCUUCAUCAUUGUUGCAUGCUAUUUGCUUAUCGGUAGGAAAGUAAGCCGAAGUUCAUUCGGCCGGUCCCAGAAGGCCUUGAAGCUCAUUCUUGGGGUCAUUGUAGCAUUCUUUGUGUGCUGGCUCCCAUACCAUGUUGUUGGUCUGAUACUAGAAUAUACAGAGGACAAUGCUGUGAUGAAGUCCCUUGAUCCACUAUCAAUCGCCCUGGCAUACAUCAACAGCUGUCUGAACCCCAUCCUGUAUGUGUUCAUGGGCCAGGACUUCAAAGAGAAGGUCCGGCUUUCUCUUAGACGUGUCUUGGAGAAUGUUUUCGAUGAGGAUGUGUCUCGGUCUACGGCCCACUCCAGAGAGCAGCCAUCACGGGCCACAAAUUCAUCUGAAGCACAGCUCUGAAAUCCCAGGAAUAGAAGAUCGCAACAAAAAAAGUCACAAAGAACCUGGCAGUCUUAUGCCAUCACCACCACUAUCCUUGCUUAAAUGGUACUGAUAAGUCAACCAUAAAUAUGGGCAAUGGGGUACUUAUACAGAAUCUUUGCUACUUUGUCAACCAUAGUUUACCUUUAAUAUAGUUUACAUUGGGUUGAAAAAUAAUUAAAUAAAAUGUAAAGUAUAUUCAAAUACUUUAGCAUGAUAUUGUUGACUAUAAGAUUGAAAAUUUUUUAAGUGUAAGUUUUUCAUAAUUGCUUUGAACUGUGCUCUCAAAGGUCUCAAAGCAAAUUACAAUCACUUAAAAAAACAUGAUGAUCAAAGGGGAGUAGCCCAUGAUAUUUCCCGUAAAAGCUUAAAUUGCCGUCAUUACAAGAAUAAAAAUGAAUGUCAUUCUUCAUGACUCAUGGCACUGAUUGUGAUAAACUGGGUUAAGCUAUCCAAAUGAAAAGUAGCAUUAUGCAGUUAAGAACACCAAGGUGUUUUUUCACUAGUGCCGUCAGCAGUGAUUCCAUGAUAAUCCUGACCUUGGAUAAUUUUAUCAUGUGAAUAUUACAUAAACAUCUUUCAAAUAUCUUUUAAUUGUAGAGGAGACGCUUUUUCUAUUGGGCAUCAUAGCUCACGAGGUAAGAGCGGUUGUCUGUCAGUCAGAGGGUUGCCGGUUUGAUCCCCCGCCCUGGGCGUGUCGUAGUGUCCCUGAGCAAGACACCUAACCCCUAAUUGCUCCCAAUGAGCUGAUUGGUACCUUGCAUGGAAGCUUUUCACCAUUGGUGUGUGAAUGGGUGAAUGACAGGCAUCAAUUGUAAAGCGCUAUAUAAAUGCAGUCCAUUUACCAUUGUAACCCCCACUAUUAUAAGCAGCACUAUACUAAUUAACCAGUGCUAAGGUAGAACUAAUUGGAGCUAAUUUCAUGAAAUAUUCACUGCAGACCAGAUAAUGUACAGCGUUCAGACUGCUUGUUUAUUUAUGUCCAGUGCAUGUCCAGUUUUUCUUGCAAGUCUUAAUCAGGAAAUGAUUGCGGUAAAAAUGUCAUGACUUCCUCAAAUUCUAUGAGUCAGUCAGCAAAAAAGCCUUAGGCAGUGUCAUCACUUCAACGCAUGCUGAAACCAUAUGAGCAGAAUAAUUCUAUACAUGGAAGGAGCCAUCAGCAGUCCUAUCCCUUUGUUAAAAAUAUAAUUUCCUAUACUGCUUCAGCACAUACAACCUGCUUGGAGGUUCUGCUGCACAUGUUUUACUUUAUCCAAGUGUCUUUGCUUAUAAUGAAUAUGUAUGCAAAGGAAUAAUAACUAAUAUCUAUUUGAACAUACUCAUGGUACACUUUUCAAUCCUAUCAUAUCAAUAUCAUGAUUUUUUACAAUGUUUGUUUUUUAUAAACUAUUGCUAUUGCAAAUUAACUGUCAAUCUGUUGACCUGCAUUAGUUUAUAUCAGUUCUGCAUAGUUCUGUUGUCAAAGAGCAUUAAAUAUGUCAGAGAAUUUAAUAUUUAUUCCAACUUUUAAGCAUAGUAUUAUUCAGUCACUUUGCCAACUCUCUCCUGCCUGUUCUUAGCUAACAGCCAAACUCCAAAUGUACAGCCAGAUGUACUGUCCACUGUGACUGCUAAUGUUAAUCAAAAUUGUAAACAUAAUUUCCGAUUUCCAUUGGCUCUUUUAAAAAACCAUAGUCUGUUUUUCAUAACUCUCAGGUAUUGACAUGUGUAAAGUGUAUGUUAGUACAAAUUACAAAGAGAUAGCAAUUGGUAUUGCAAUUUAUAUUUUCAAAAAACAUUUUGAUCUGGUUUACCAGACAUCAAUUUAGCCUAGAUCUAAAAUAAAUAAAAAUGGAUGAUGAAGAUCUCCAUUGAAAAAAGUCUAGUCAUAGUCCAGGACUAAGCUUAAUCCGUGUCUGGAAGACCUGCCCUUUAUUCUUAAUACCCAGUUGCUAAUGAUUUCCCCUACACUGAUCAGUGGCCAGUUUACAUGUGAGUGCAAUUCAAGUAAUGUGACCCUGCAAAGUUCACAUAGUCCCAAAGAAAACUUGUAGAUAAACAUUUACUUAAAAACAUCACUUUCUUGUCUAUUGCUCUAUUUUGAGUUUUUUGUUAUUUCAACUUGAUUGUUGUUUCUGUGUUCAUUUUUUCCAUCAUAUUUUUUUCAAGUUUCCAUUUUAAGAAUAAGCCAGGAAUACCCCAAAUUGUGCAAUUUACUUCUGUAUUCAUGGAUUUUUUAUUUAGCACUUGCUCGUAAUCAUAUUGGGUAGAGAGGAAGGAAGUGCAGAACAUUUUGUACUUGGAGCCCUUAAGUUACAAAACUGUGGACAUAAUCAAGACAAAACUAAAUACAAAUAUUAAGGUUAAUAAAAUUUAAAAAGAACCUUUCUUGUCCUCAGUCUCUAAUUUAUUUUUAAAAUCUGGUUUCCAAACUGUGGUUCCCCGUGCCCUCUCAGUGAUGACUAAUUGUAAAUGCUAAGUUUGUCAGCCCAUAAAAUCUCAUGCUGAUUUAACAUUCAACAAAUAAAAUGACCCUUUUCUGUUGUGA